AUGGAGGAUGACAUGCUGAUGCAUGAGAUGUGGACGCAUUACAACAGUGAUGAUGACACAAAGGAUGAUGAAGGAGGUACAACAGCAGAUGGGAAUGAAGCAGAGCAACAACAUCAGCAGGAAAUAGCAAGAAAGCAUGGCAUAAGCAGAUUGACAUUAGAUAGGAUAUGGAAAGAUUCAGUCCCACUUCAACUAAGGACAAGUAUAAGGGCAUUUGCUGGCUAUCUUAAAGGCCUCCCAUCCACUGUCUAUAGACUACUCAAAGGGGGCAAGCUGAGAAGUCACGCUUGCAGCACCCACCCAAAACUGACAGAAGAUCACAAGAUUCAAAGAAUGAAGUGGGUGUUACAACACAUAUUACCAGCAACAAGGACACAACCACCAAAAUUUGUUGACAUGCAAAAUGUUGCUCACAUAGAUGAAAAGUGGUUUUAUUUGAGUCCAGACAUGAGGAGGUUUUACUUGUUCCCUAUUGAAGAUGACCCUUAUAUUUGUUGUCAGUCCAAGAGAUUUAAGAUCAAAGCCAUGUUUAUGUGUGCCACAUCUAGACUUAUUAAGGACAGUGAAGGGAGGAUGAUACAUGAUGGGAAAUUUGGUAUGUACCCUUUUGUUGAGUAUGCAAGAACUAAAUAUUCAACUAAAAACAAAAGGGCAGGUACUUUGCUGACAAAAGCAAUUGAUAGUGUUACCCUAGCAGUUAUGAGGGACAUGAUAGUUAACACUAUCAUACCUAUCAUGAGGAAUUGGCCAGAAGGUGUGUCUAAAUAUAUCUACAUACAACAAGACAAUGCUAGACCUCAUAUUCAUGCAUCUGACCCAUAA